AUGGAGAUGCUAUUAAGCACAAAAGGGAUCACCAUAUGCCUGUUUUUCUUUCUAUUGAGUUUGGCAGCGGCUAUUGAAAUACCAUUAUCAGUUGCGCAGCUUCCAACAAUCACGGAGCAAUCUCACACCCAAGUUGCCUACCCUUUUGAUGAGGACUUUACAGUUAAAUGUGAAGCUAGAGGAAACCCCCAGCCCACCUUUAACUGGACCAAGGAUGGAAAACCGUUCGAUUUGUUAUCUGACCCGAGGAUAGUUGCAUCUAACAACUCUGGAACAUUUGUGAUUCAAAAUCGAGGAAUCAUCACCAAUUUUCAAGGGAAAUACCGUUGCUUUGCAUCCAAUGUGCUGGGAACUGCCAUGUCAGAAGAAAUUGAACUAAUUGUUCCAAGUGUACCAAAAUUCCCAAAAGAAAAAAUUGAGCCCCUGGAUGUGGAGCAUGGUGAUUCUGUGAUUUUGCACUGUAACCCCCCAAAAGGCAUUCCACCUUUGCAUAUCUACUGGAUGAAUAUUGAUUUGCAGCACAUUCCGCAAGAUGAAAGAGUCUCCAUGAGCCUUAAGGGAGAUCUCUACUUUGCAAAUGUGGAAGAAAAUGACAGUCGAAGCGAUUAUUGUUGCUUUGCAGCAUUUCCAAGACUGAGGACGAUUGUACAGAAAAUGCCAAUGACGCUGAAGGUUUCCCGUUUUAAGCAUGCUAAUGACUCAGGCUCACCUAACGCUGCGGUUACUAAGGCAAAUUUUAUCAAGGAAAGAAAACCCAAACUGCUGAUCCCUCCUGAAUCUGCUGGCAGUAGCUCAUCAGUCACUGUCAUCAAGGGAGGUGUCCUGCUACUCGAAUGUAUUGCUGAAGGGCUCCCAACUCCUCAUCUAAGCUGGGUCAAGGUCACUGGAAACUUGCCCAAGGAUGAACCAGAAACAGAAAAUUUUGGGAAGAUAUUGAAGAUAGACCAAGUGACUGCAGCCGAUGAAGGAACAUACCAGUGCACGGCAAGCAACCCCAUGGGCAGAGCGAAGCACGAGUUUCACGUUCACGUGGAAGAGCCUCCUCGGUGGAUAAAGGAGCCCGAAGGUGGUGUGUACAGCGUAGGAACAAAUCUCGUGCUGCUGUGCGAAGCUAUUGGCAGCCCAGAGCCAACCACUCAGUGGAAACUUAACGGGAUGCCCAUCGAUAGUAGGACCUUCAGAGGGAGAAUCUCUGCCAGAGAGAUCAGCCUUACCAACCUUCAGCUUCAGGACAGUGCUGUGUACCAGUGCGAGGCCAGCAACAAACACGGCACCAUCCUCGCUAGCGCCAACGUGAACGUCCUCAAUAUUGCUCCCUUAAUACUGACCUCAGAUGGUGAAAACUAUGCCACAGUUGUGGGUUACAGUGCCUUCCUGCACUGUGAAAUUUUUGCCUCGCCUGCAGCAGAUAUCAGAUGGACUAAGGACGACAGCAUAGAGCCACUUUCAACAUUACGCUAUGAGUUAAAUAAGAAUGGCACCCUAGAGAUCAAAGAAGCAAAGAAAGAAGACUCAGGAUCGUAUGCUUGCUGGGCUGCAAACUCUGUUGGAAAAAGAGCAAUCACUGCUAAUCUGGAUAUAAGAGAUGCUACAAAACUUGUUGUUACUCCAAAGAACCCCCGAGUGUUGAAAUCACAUUCGAUUUUAUUGAAAUGUCAGUCUGAGUAUGAUUCACACUUGAAACACAGUUUCAAAUUAUCCUGGAGGAAAGAUGGAGAUGAGCUGCCAGUCAACAGCACGGAAUAUGGCAGGAUAAUUCUGGACAGGGAUACACUGUUCAUAUCAAGCGUGACACUGGAGGAUCAAGGAGUUUACACAUGUGUGGCUAGUACUUCUCUGGACAGCGUCACAGCCGAAUCGCGGUUAAUUGUUCUUGAUGUCCCUGCUCCGCCAGAAGACCUUCAGCUCUCAGAAAAUCAAAACCGAAGUGUUCGACUAUCCUGGAAAGCCGGGGCCAGUCAUAACAGCCCUAUUAAUGAGUCGAUUAUAGAGUUUGAAGAGAACCGGUGGGAGCCAGAGAGGUGGCAGGAGCUAACCCGAGCCCCGGGGAAUGACACCACAGCCCUUUUGUCACUGGCCCCGUAUACGAAUUACCAGUUCCGUGUCGUGUCUGUGAACGCUGUGGGAAGGAGCCAGCCUAGCAAACCAUCGCUGCGCUAUGCAACACCUCCGGCUGCUCCAGACAAGAACCCAGAAAACAUCCGAGUUGAAGCUUCUGAACCAAAUGAAAUGGUGAUGAAAUGGGAGCCGUUGAAACCCAUGGAGAGGAACGGGCCGGGGCUGGAGUACAAAGUCAGCUGGCGGCAGCGGGGAGUCGAGGCAGACUGGAACGAGGAGAUGGUGAAGAAGCAUUCUCUGACCCUGCGGAACACCCCCACCUUCGUGCCUUACGAGAUCAAAGUCCAAGCGGUAAAUAAUUUAGGAUCUGGUCCUGAACCAAACGUUACCAUCGGAUAUUCAGGAGAGGACGUUCCAGAUGCCGCUCCUUCCGGUGUAUCAGUGGAUGUUGUGAACAGCACGCUGGUCAAAGUCUUCUGGUUUGGAAUACCAAGGGACAGAGUUCGUGGACAUUUAAGAGGCUACAAGGUCAGUUGGUGGAAAACAAAAAGCAUGCUGGACGGAAAAAGGCAUCACCCAGAGAAACACUUCCUCACGUUUGUAGGAGACAGAAACUAUGGGAUGAUUCCUGGUCUAGAGCCCUUCAGUGAAUUUCGCUUAACUGUUUUGGCUUACAACUCCAAAGGAGAUGGUCCGGAAAGCUCCCCCGUUGUGUUUGAAACUCCAGAAGGAGUCCCCGAACAACCACGUUUUCUAAGGAUCCUGAACUUUGACAAGGACUCUGUCACUCUGUCAUGGGGACUUCCCAAGAAAGCAAACGGCCACCUUACUGGCUACAUUUUGCAAUACCAGAUAAUAAAUGAAACACAUGAAAUCGGACCCCUGAACGACGUCAGCGUAACCAACCGCUCCACGCUCAGCUGGAGGCUUUCAGGUCUCAGCUCCAGUACCAAGUACAAAUUCUAUGUAAAGGCUUGUACAGUCAAAGGCUGUGGGAAGCCGGUCACAGAAGAAGGACUAACGAUGGCUCAAGGGAGUAAAGGGAUCGGCAAGAUUUCAGAAGCAGUAAACCCCACCCAAAAGUUUCACCCCAUUGAGGCACUUGAGCCUGGAACUGAAUAUACAGUUCGUCUAGUGACUAAGAAUUGGGUUGAUAACAAUAGCAUUUUUGAAGAUGUAAUUGAGACAAGGGGGAGAGCCUAUGCCGGCAUUUACGAUGGAAUUUCCACCCAGGGGUGGUUUAUUGGACUGAUGUGUGCCAUCGCUUUGCUCACCUUACUGCUGCUGACUAUUUGCUUUGUCAGAAGAAAUAAAGGAGGAAAAUAUUCAGUGAAAGAAAAAGAAGAUUUGCAUCCAGAUCCCGAAGCUCAAUCAAUAAAAGAUGAAAUCUUUGGGGAAUAUAGUGACAGCGAUGAAAAGCCGCUGAAAGGCAGCCUCCAGUCAAUUAACGGGGACAUUAAAGCCACCGAAAGUGCUGAUAGUCUGGUAGAUUAUGGAGAAGGGGAGCAUGGGAUGUUCAAUGAAGAUGGUUCAUUUAUUGGCGCUUAUUCUGGAUCUAAGGAAAAAGGAUCAGUCGAAAGCACUGGGAGUUCUACGGCAACUUUUCCUCUCCACGCCUAA